AAUUGUUACUUUCCGUAAAAAAAAAUAAAAAUCGUCGCUAUUAAAUAUCACUAUCUUUCAACCUUUUUCCCACUCUCGUCGCAUCGGCUUUAGCUUUUAGCUUCCUCAUCCCCUUCCUCCCCAAAACCCCUCCGAUUCUAGGGCUAGGGUUUUUGUCUCUCUUGUGUUUUUAUAUAUUUCUCUUUCUAGGUUUUUAGGGUUCCUGAAAUUCUUAAUAUUAUUUGAUUUUCCAUUCAUUUGGAAAAUUAUUUUAUUUGUUCGUUCUUUGGAUCUGGAUCUGUGAUUUUCGUUAAAACAAAAUUUUGGAAUGGAUACUCGUAAGAGAGGAAGGCAUGAAGCUGGAUUCAAUGUUAAUGGUGGCAUCAAGAAAUCGAAGCCAGAAUUGGAAUCUUUAUCAACUGGUGUAGGAAGCAAAUCGAAGCCAUGCACCAAGUUUUUCAGCACUGCAGGUUGUCCAUUUGGUGAGAGCUGCCACUUCCUGCACUAUGUUCCUGGAGGUUACAAUGCGGUCGCCCAGAUAAUGAACCUUUCACCAGCUGUUCCACCAGCUUCUAGAAACAUGGCAGCAUCGGCUACCAUUCCAAAUGGAUCUCCCUCUGCAGUCAAAACUCGCUUGUGCAACAGAUUUAGUAGCGCUGAAGGUUGCAAGUUUGGUGACAAAUGUCAUUUUGCACAUGGAGACUGGGAACUUGGAAAGCCUAUUGCUCCAUCUCAUGAUGAUCCUCGUGCCAUGGCAUCUAUUCCUGGUCGUAUGGGCAGUCGGAUGGAGCCACUACCCCCAUCAGGUCCUGCUGCUAGCUUUGGUGCCUCAGCCACUGCAAAAAUUAGUGUUGAUGCUUCCCUUGCAGGAGCCAUAAUUGGGAAGGGUGGUGUGCACUCCAAGCAGAUAUGUCGUCGAACCGGAGCAAAACUUUCUAUUCGGGAGCAUGAGUCAGAUCCCACCCUCAGGAACAUCGAGCUUGAAGGAUCGUUUGAGCAAAUUAAACAAGCCAGUGCAAUGGUUAGAGAGUUAAUCACCAGCCUUGGUCCGGGCCCAGGUCCUGUGAAAACGCCUGGUGUGCCUGGUGGUCAAGGGCAUGCGGGAAGCAACUACAAGACAAAGUUGUGCGACAAUUUUGCAAAGGGAAGUUGCACUUUUGGAGAAAGAUGUCACUUUGCACAUGGUGCAGCUGAAUUGCGAAAGUCAGUACUGUGAGGGCUACUAGUUCUUUCUAUUUAGUUGAUAGCAUGAGAUAUCUAUUCAGUCUUGUAUUAGUUAGAGCUCUGUUUAACAUGCUAGCUGUGCAACUAUCUAGUGGAAGUGAUAUGAAUCAGGGUUUCUUGACUCUCUUUUAGUCUCUCAUUUCUUAUUUGUAAUUGUCAGCUUUGAUCUUCGUAAUUUUCC